AUGAGCAGAUCCAGGUGCACAAGCAGGACGGGGAGCACCGCGUGUUAUUUCUCCAUCACCAAAAUCGCAGCCAGCGCCGGCGCGUUCAUUCCCGACGGGAGCGGGGACGGCUCCGAGCGCUGCUCCGGGAGAGGCUCGGGCUCCCUCAGUCGCCACCUCCACCUGCCCGACACCACCGGCAACACCACCGGCAACGCCACCGGCACCGCCACCGGCCGCCGCCUGCUGCUCUCCACCCCCAUCUUCUAUGCGAACGGGCCGCCGCACAUCGGGCACCUGUACUCGGCGCUGCUCGCCGACGCGCUGCUCCGCCACCGCCGCCUGAGCGCCACCGGCCCGGCCCGGCUCUGCACGGGGAUGGACGAGCACGGGCUGAAGAUCCAGCAGACCGCGGCCGCGGCGGGGACAUCGCCCGCGGAGCUCUGCGAGCGCAUCUCGGGGCUUUUCCGCCAGGCCCUGAGCCAGGCCGGCGUCUCCUACACCGACUUCAUUCGCACCAGCGAGCCCCGGCACCAGCGAGCCGUGCGGCAUUUCUGGGGGGCCCUCGGCCACGCAGGGCUGCUCUACAAGGGCUCCUACGAGGGCUGGUACUGCACGGCCGAGGAGAGUUUCCUGCCCGAGAGCCAGCUGGCCGAGCGCACCGACAGCCAGGGCCGCCCCUGCAAGGUGUCCUUGGAGAGCGGCCACCAGGUGCACUGGACCAAGGAGGAGAAUUACAUGUUCAGGCUCUCAGCAUUCCGGGAUCCCUUGCAGAACUGGCUCCGGGACAACCCCCGUGCCAUUUGUCCUGACCCUUUUCACCAGUGCGUGCUCCGCUGGCUGGACGAGGACUUGCCGGACUUGUCGGUGUCCCGCGAGCGCGGCCGGCUGCACUGGGGCAUCCCCGUGCCCGGUGACCCCAGCCAGACCAUCUACGUCUGGGUGGAUGCCCUGGUGAACUACCUGAGCGUGCUGGGGUACCCCGAGAGCCACGGGCCGUGGUGGCCGGCCGUGCACCACGUCGUGGGCAAGGACAUCCUCAAGUUCCACGCGCUAUACUGGCCGGCGCUGCUGCUGGCGGCGGGGCUGGAGCCCCCCGAGCGCAUCCUGGUGCACUCGCACUGGACUGUGAGGGGCCAGAAGAUGUCCAAGAGCCUGGGCAAUGUGGUGGAGCCCGGUGUGUGCGUGGGGCAGUACGGUGUGGACGGGUUCCGGUACUUCCUGCUGCGGCAGGGCGUCCCCGAGAGGGAUUGUGACUACUACGAUGAGAAGGUGGUGAAGUUGGUGAAUUCAGAGCUGGCAGAUGCGCUCGGGGGGCUGCUCAAUCGCUCGACAGCCCCCAGCAUUAACCCCAGCAACACCUACCCACGCUUCUCAGAGGCCUGUUUCCCAAAGGUCCUGGAUUGCAGGGAGGCCAAAGGCACAGGCAGGGCGUGUGCUGAGGACUACGAGCUCGUGGCAGCGGUGGCCUCGCUGCCUGCACAGGUGGACGGUUAUUUCCAAGGCUUCCAGAUCUACAAGGCUUUGGAAUGCAUUGCCCAGUGUGUGAGGCAGACCAACGGCUUCUUCCAGAGGCACAGGCCUUGGAAGCUUGACCGGGGGGACGCUGGGGAGCAGCUGUGGCUGGACACCAUCCUGCAUGUGACGCUGGAGUGCCUGCGCGUGUUCGGGACGCUCCUGCAGCCCGUGGUCCCACACGUGGCAGACAAGCUGCUGUCCCGGCUGGCUGUGGGGCCAGCAGAGAGAGGCCUCUCUGGGCUGGCAUUCCUGGCACGCUAUGAUGGAAAACCAUGUCCCUUUGAGGGGAGGCAGCUCGGACCUGACACUGGCAUCUUGUUCCACAGGCUGGGCAAGUCGGAAACUGUGAAGAAGAGAAAGCAAGAAGCUCAAGUCCCUGACAAACAGCUUCUAUGAAUAAAAGCUUCUGGGAAUUCCGGGA